AUGAAGCUCUUUAUGCAGGAUCCAGCCAUCAAUAUGGCAGAAUUCACCCAUGAGAGCACUGAAGAGCAGGAAGAGAGUUUGCAGGAUGAAGUACUAGAUUUUGCACCAGCAGCACUAGAUGAUUUUUUAUCAGAAGUAGAAGAUCCACUGCAGGGAAUAAACUUAGGGACAGAAAAGGAUCCUAGACCCACUUUCAUUAGUGCAUUGUUGGAAGAACCACUCAAGAGUGAAAUCAUUGCACUUUUGCAUGAUUUUAGAGACUGUUUUGCUUGGCAUUAUCAUGAGAUGCCUGGAUUAGACAGAAAGCUAGUGGAACACAAGCUGCCAAUUAAAGAAGGUUACCUUCCAGUCAAACAGGCUAGAAGAAGGAUGUCUAUGGACACAGAACUGAAGGUCAAAGAAGAAAUAGAAAGAUUGCUCAAAGCAGGAUUCAUCAGACCAACCAUUUAUGCUGAUUGGCUAGCCAAUAUUGUACCAGUUCUGGAAAGAAAAAUAGGGGUAGUUAGAAUCUGUGUGGAUUACAGGAAUCUAAAUGAAGUAUCUCCCAAGGAUGAAUAUCCUAUGCUGGUAGAUGGAGCUGCUCAUAACCAAAUGCUAUCUUUUAUGGAUGGCAAUGCAGACAAUAAUCAGAUUAUGGUGGUAGAAGAAGACAUCCACAAGACAGCUUUCAUGUGCCCAGGACAUAUAGGUGCAUUGCCAUGA